GGUGUAGCUCGCAUCACAAUUUUAUCAUACGGGGUGUGUGGCAUAUAAGGCGAUAACGGACUUGGAAGUGCACUGUACUUUGUGAUAUCACAUACAACAGAGGCGUGUUCGCGGUUCCCAAGAACAUUUUUUUUUGUUGUUUUUUUCCCGACAUAAUUUCGGUCAUUGUAUAAAUCGGUUUAUCUGUUACAUCUAUUGAAGAUCACAUCCGCUAUGGCCCUCUACAGUUUGAAAAAUAACCUUCAAUACGCAACUCUGAAGACUCUAUCGCUGGUUUCUAUCAGCGUUAUGUCCCCGCAACAGAGCGUACAGGAAAUCUUCAGAACAGCAGACUGCGUUUGCUUCGAUGUUGAUUCCACCGUUAUACAAGAUGAGGGCAUCGACGAGCUGGCUAACUUCUGCGGGAAAGGAGAUGAAGUUAAAAGGCUAACAGCCGAGGCGAUGGGUGGUAAUAUGACCUUUCAAGAAGCUUUAAAGAAGAGACUCGACAUCAUCAGACCGAGCGUUAGUCAAGUUCAAGACUUUUUAGACAAGUUCCCAGUUCGACUCACACCAGGCAUCUCACAAUUGGUGAAAGCGCUUCAAGAGAGAGGCGUUACGGUGUACCUGGUGUCCGGUGGCUUCAGGAGUCUCAUAGAACCAGUUGCUGAAAAGCUCGGCAUUCCAUCAUCUCACAUAUUCGCCAAUAGACUCAAGUUUUACUUUAACGGCGAAUAUGCGGGCUUCGACGAGAACGAACCCACUUCCCGAUCGGGCGGCAAGGGGCUGGUGAUCAGAAGAUUGAAGGAACAGCACGGAUACCAGCGGCUCAUAAUGAUUGGAGAUGGCGCCACCGACGCUGAGGCCUGUCCGCCCGCAGAUGGAUUUAUCGGGUUCGGUGGAAAUGUGACCCGUGAGGAAGUAAGGAAAAAGGCAUCGUGGUACGUCACUGACUUCCAGGAGUUGGUCCAGAAUCUUACCAUCCAAACAAAAUGAACACCCAGCCGGUCUGUUAGAACUAAUUCAUCUGUGCAGUUGAAAUGAACCUUAGUACAAUGAUAUAAGACUCACAAUUUGUCAGAAUUGUACUAGGAUUGCUUGACGGGUGAGCGGAAUGAUGUUAUUUUACGUCUCGCUCAUCCGUCGAGAGGUGUUUGACUCAUUGGUAUAUUGCAUUUGAAUGAAAUUGUUUGUGAUACAUUAAGCUAUGUGUGCAAGCUUUAUUUACUUAUUCAUAGUAUUAGAAUAUCUAUUUAUUGUAAUAGAUAAACGUUAUUAUUUUUAGAUAAAAUCGUGGUGCUGUUUUUUAAAGGAACAUUAGUGUCAAUUUCAACGCACAGAGUAUAGAUAUAAAGUUUAUUAUUGUUUGUGCAUUUAAAGAGUACAACAAUACAUUUAAGUAUUUAGGGACUUAGUCCCAUUUUUUUAUGGCAGGUGUGACAUUUGUGAUGGACGUUGGUAUGAAUUAAUUUGUAAGUAGAUAAAGACGCUAAUGUGAAAUUUAGCUAUUCUUAGAUAAUUAUUAAACGUUAUGUGUUUGUUACACUGUGGUAUAAAUGUAUUAGAUAAAUAUUUUUAUAUCACCUUUAAUACUUACUGUACAAUGAAAUUGUAAUUUUAUAAUAAUAGUUAAUUUUAUUAGUUUAAUUGAUAUUUAUCAAAAAAGGCUGUGUACUUUUAUCGUAUAAGGAAUUAAAAUUAAGAUUAAACUUG